AUGUGCACCUCCGAAGGCAAUCACUCCGACCGUUGCGAAGACUACGGGAAUGGUCUUGCUACUAGUCCUACGCUCUCCGUCGCUGACGACGACGUCCGUGAUCGUUUGAGUCCUUCCGACCCUGCCGAAGACCUCCUCGCCGGUCUAGACGACUUCACGCCUCUGCUGCCCAUCUGGAUGUCUUCCGCAUUCUACGAAUCACAUUUGAAGCAUUUGCUGGACUACGCCGGAGCAGGCAACGCCUUCUCGCUCAGCAGCGUCCCCGCUACCGCUGCGUGGGGUGAAGGAGACCUACACAACUUCUUGUGUUAUGGUACCCGCCCCCUGAACAUCCUGGCGAUAGGAGAGCUGGAAAUGUUCGGCGCCGCUGUCGACCAUGCCUCCAUGGUAUCCUCUACGCGGAUGCGGGUCGAUCUCUUACGCGACGUCGAUCAUUCGUCGUCCUCUGCGCUGCUCCAUCGUUCCCGGGGCGUACCAGUGAUAGCACCUCCUAUGUUCGAAGCGUCGCGUGUCAACAGGCAGUCAAACAAGAUGUUCACGAACAUAGUUGAUGCGACAGACCGCUGGCCGCCCGCUCAGCCAAUCGUCACCGUUCCCCUCUCCGACCUGGCGGUGGGGGAUAUAGUCUUGCUGGAGACCGCCCUGAUCAGGGACGACCGCGCUACAGCCGUUUCGUAUCCUACCUGGCAGCAGUUCGCCUGCAAAUUCGUGUUAUGCAACGUGGCCCUCCUGGCGCGCGCUCCGCGUACACCUCAAUAA